CCAAUGAAAAUACUUCUAACAAUAAUCAUCUUGUAUCCGUUUGUGUGAGGGUAUUUUUGGAAAAAAAAGAAAGCUUUUCUCCUGCGAAGAGUUUAAAAAGCUUACGCUAGCUGACGAGAAACAGGAUCUCGUAGAUAAUUUUCUAGGGAAGGUCCACGUGGAAAUGAACAACGAUCCGAUUUGGCAAUCGGCAAGCGCCAACCAGUUAGAUUUGGCGAGAGUCGUGGUGGAAAGAACCGUCAUGGCACGGGUAUACCACAAUGUGCUCUAUCUAAAUGAAGAUGGAGAUGUAUAUAGGGACCAGCUUUUUCACGGUCAUAUCAAUAAGUUGGCAAAGGUCGUAACUUCAAAUCACAGGGACCUACGCAUUUCAAAAGUUUAUCAUUACGAAUGCCCCUGGUCAUGGGCGCAGGCUGAAUUGGCUGUGAUAUCGGCGUAUAAGACUCCUAGAGAUAAGUUGCAGUGUGUAUUUUGUUGCGCGACUACCAUCAUGAAUCUCUUCUCCAUGGCGUCGGAAAGAGGCAUACCUGCUGCCGACGAUCUGACUCCCGUGCUGGUCUUCAGACUAAUCCGCCGUCGUUGUAUCGACUGUUCAAUAUGUAUAGACAGCUUUUACGGGAAUCGAUUGGAGGGAGAAGAACAAUAUUGGUGGACGCAGUUCUGCGCCGCGAUCGAGUUAAGACAAUGGAUUAACAGUUUCUCAAGAGUAUCACGAUAAAUAAGAUUAGAUUCGAUGCUGGUGAUAAUGUAGAAAUGUAUCAUAAUCAUAAUUUGACGAUUUCAUAAAGAAGAAGACCAAUAUCUUGUGUAAAGCUAGCUGAACAGUUUUAUGCUUCCAGUAUCAAUUAAAAUUCUUAAAUAGCCUCUUAAAUAGUCUAACUGUUAGUUCUUUCGCACGUUAUUAUGUAUAACAUUAGCAAAAACUGAAUCAGAUUAUACGUAAAGUGUGGCUUUAUCUUUAUUUGUAACUCUAUUGUACAAUGUCACAGGACAUCGAAAAAAAAAGAAACGUUUAGAUAUUCUAUAAUUUAUGUACAAUACAGAACUUAUAGAGAAUUGAUAACCAUUUAGCAGGAUAAA